AUGUCAGCACCAUUAGUAGUCCUCAUAACCGGCGGCUCUGCUGGCCUAGGCGCUGCCACCGCACGAGUUUUUGCCAAAGCUGGCAUGCGAGUGAUAAUCAACUAUUCUACUAAUGAAUCACGUGCGAAUACUCUGAUUGAACAAUUACACCAGAUCUCUCCUUUAUCGAAGACCAAAGAAUGUCAGAAUUUCGUUUCGGUUCGUGCGGAUCUGUCUAAAAAGUCCGACAUCGAACACUUGGUCACAGAAUCCGUAUCGCAAAUGGGAAAAUUGGAUGCUGUCUUCAGUAAUGGGGGAUGGACUGCAAUACAGGAUUUCAAUGAUCUAGAUGAUAAUGUCGAUGAGGAGAUGUGGGAUAAAUGUUGGAAUAUGAAUGUGAAGAGUCAUCUGUGGUUGAUGCGUGCCGCCAAGAAAUACCUCGAUGAGAGUGAAGGGGUAUUUAUCACCACGGCGAGUUUGGCUGGAGUGAGACCAAGCGGUAGUUCGUUGGCAUAUUCUGUUACAAAAGCAGCACAGAUCCAUUUAGCUAAAUCUUUGGCUGUGAUUUGCAGUCCUAGAAUACGGGUGAACUCUGUUUCCCCUGGAAUCCUCCUUACAGAUUGGGGUCUAAAAUUUCCUCAAGAACGGCUUGAUUCAGCGAUGGCAAAAGCUCAAUUAAAAAGAUUUGCUACGGUUGAGGAUGUUGCGGAACAGGUUUUAUGUUUUGUAAGAAGCCGAAGUGUGACGGGUGCAAAUGCGGUAAUAGAUGCUGGGUGGUCUCUAUAGUAUUUGCCUAUAUAUCUCAAU